AUGCCUACUUGGGGGGCCGGCUUCCUGUCACCCGACCACUUUGCUGUGUCUGCGAAUGCAGAGGACCAGGUGCGCAAGCAGCAGCCCUACGUGGAGCGCAUCUUCGGCAUAGAGAUGAGCUUUCUACCGAAGGACUGCCCGGAGAAUCCCCACAUCUGGCUGCAGCUUGAGGGUCCCAAGGAAAAUGCCAGCAGAGCCAAGGAGUACCUAAAAGGUCUCUGCAGCCCGGAGCUGCAGAAUGAGAUCCACUACCCAUCCAGACUGCACUGCAUCUUCCUCGGAGCCCAGGGCUUCUUCCUUGAUUGCUUGAUUUGGAGCACAACAGCCCACAUGGUCCCCCUGGCCCCUGGCACGCUGAUGAUCAGUGGCCUGACUGAGGCCUUCGUUAUGGCUCAGAGCCGAGUGGAGGAGCUGGUGGAGCGGCUGAGUUGGAACCUGAGGCCAGGGCCAUGUUCGGGAGCCUCUCAGUUUGCUGGUGUGCUGAGAGACUUUUCUGCCCUGCUGCAGUCCCGAGGGGAUGCUCACAGAGAGGCCUUGCUGCAGCUGCCCUUGGCUGUCCAGGAGGAGCUGCUGAGUCUGGUGCAGGAGGCAUCCAGGGGGCAGGGGCCACAAGCAGGCCUGGCCUUGGAGGGGAGGAGCCCAGGCCUGCCAGGAGUUGGAACUCUCCUGAGUGAAGUUGGGGAAUCCCUGGACACUGGAUCUUUGGGGUGGGGAGGAUCAAGGGGGGAGAGAUAUGCCACAGUGAGGGAAGGUGGAAGAACUGGUGGUCCCAAGGAGAUGAAUUUGGGGUGGAAGGAGGUGUCUGGGGAAGAUGCUUGGGAGAGAGGUGAAACUUUCAGACUGCAGUCAGGGGGAGGAGUAGUCGGGGCAUCAGUGCCCAUGAAAGGGAAGGCUAUGGGGAAGGAGCCGCAGGAAAGAGGAGGGUUCUGUGUGCAGCAGGAGCCUCCUGGUGCUCAUGGCCCCUCUCAGAGAGCAAGUCAGCCUCGGGGAACCUCCCUCCUCCAGCGACUCCACAAUGGGCAAGCCUCACCCCCAAGAGUGCCUAGCCCUCCACCUGCCCCUGAACCCCCAUGGCACUCUGGAGACCGGGGAGCUAGGGGAGACAAGCAGCAGAUCAUGAGUCGAGGUCGGAAACGGGGCCCCCGGGGAGGCAACCUGGUGACUGGCACCCAGCGUUUCCAGGAGGCCCUACAGGAUCCCUUCACCUUGUGCCUUGCCAAUGUGCCUGGCCAGCCAGACCUCCGCCAUAUCGUCAUUGAUGGCAGCAACGUGGCUAUGGUGCACGGCCUUCAGCACUGCUUCUCCAGUCGGGGCAUUGCCAUUGCUGUGCAGUACUUCUGGGACCGUGGCCACCGAGACAUAACUGUCUUUGUGCCUCAGUGGCGCUACAGUAAGGAUGCCAAGGUCAGAGAGAGCCACUUCCUGCAAAAGCUGUACUCUCUCAGUCUGCUCUCUCUCACUCCCUCUCGAGUCAUGGAUGGCAAGAGGAUCUCCUCCUAUGAUGACAGGUUCAUGGUGAAGCUGGCUGAAGAGAGAGAUGGGAUCAUCGUCUCCAAUGACCAGUUCCGGGACCUGGCGGACGAGUCUGAGAAAUGGAUGGCAAUCAUCAGAGAGCGCUUGCUGCCCUUCACCUUUGUGGGAAACCUUUUCAUGGUCCCUGAUGACCCGCUGGGGCGAAAUGGCCCCACUCUGGAUGAGUUCUUGAAGAAACCAGUCAGGACACAAGGGUCUUCUGAGGCUCAGCAUUCUCCCAGGACCAGUGCAAAACAAGGCCAUCAGCAGCGGGUGAAAGAGGAGGAAAAAGGCAGCGGAGGUAUUCGGAAGACCCGUGAAACUGAGCGGCUCCGGCGCCAGCUGCUGGAGGUGUUUUUGGGCCAGGAUCACAAGGUGGACUUUAUCCUGCAGCGGGAGCCGCACUGCAGGGACAUCAACCAGCUCUCUGAGGCCCUGCUCAGUCUCAAUUUUUGA